AUGUCUAGAGAGAAACAAAGAGAGGCAUUGAUUCGCGAACGCGAGAGACUCCAAAUGGAAGUAGCCGAGAUGCGUCGUCGACUUGAAACUUCAAGAGUUUACCAAACAGAAUUGGAACGAAAAAAUAGUGCAGCGGACAACAAAGUACUAAACUUGGAACAACAGAUUGAGACACAAAACAAUGAAGCCCUAAAAGAACAAAGAUUAAAGGACAGACUCCAAUCGCAGUUAGAAUCAUUAACAGAAGAACUCGAUCUUAAAGUGGAAGAAAUUAAGGAGUUGACUUCUCAGAUGGAUCAACAACGCAUGACAAUCGAACGUAUUGAAGCUCAAAAAGACGACUUGAUACGCGAUGUUGAAAAGCGAAAACAUGAAUUUGCUAAUUUGAACUUAGCUCAUACAAGAACAUUACUAGAACUAGAUCAAAACAUAAAUCUUGUCGCAAAACUUAAUAAAAAAAUGUCAACGCUUAAUUUGGAAAUGCGGCUAAGGGACGAUGAGGUAAGCAAAUUACGAAUUGAAAUUGCAAAAACUGAGAAAAUGAGAGAAAGCUAUGUUAAAAAACUGAGUUUGGCUGAAAAUGUGAGAUUUGGGUUGAAUAAAGAACUCGAAAGGCUGAAGUUAACAAUAGCAGGUUUGACUCGUGAUUUAGAUGGUGCAGGAAAAGCUGCAAUCCACGAAAAGAAAAAUUUAGAAACUGCUCUCAGAGAACGCGAUAUUGCCAGAAGAGAACUUACAAAACAAGAAGAGCGUGGAGUGGAAUUGCAACUUCAGUUGCAGUCACAAGAAUCCUUCAGACGGCAAUUUGAAUCAGAAUUGCUGCUAAAAGCGCAAGAGCUCAGUUUUAUGAGAAGUCAGAAAACUAAAGUUGAAAGAGAACGUGAUAAAUUAGCCGUCGAAGCAAAAGAGGCACUGGAGAAGCUGUCCGAUAUUCAAGAUGAGAUGAAAGAAAAACAAGUUGCAUUACUUGAAUACAAAGAGAAAUUAGCCGAAACAGACAUUCGAGCGAUGCGCAUUCAACAGUCAUUCGAACUGGUUCGAUCAGAAAGAAAUUUAUUGCAGCGAAAUUUGCAAUCUUCCACGGAAGAAGGAGUAGAGCUUCGGGAACGUGUCAAGAUGACGUUGUACCAAGUGGAACAAUUAAAAGAAGACGUCACAGGAAAGGAGGCUAAGAUUUUGCGUCAAGAAAAAAUGUUGUCAAAAUGCGAGAAGGAUAAGCAACAAUUGCGCGUUGAUUUACAGAGCUCAUUUGUCUCAUUACAACAUAGCAAGAAUGAAAUAAGGGAUAUGAAGGCAUUGGAAAAAAGUUUGCGAGACAGCAUAACGGAUUUCGAACACGAACGAACCGAAUUACGAAAAGAUCUUGUCAAACUACAAAAUGAACGCGAUAUUCUGGGAACGCAACUCGUUCGUCGAAAUGACGAGCUUGCCAUCUUGUACAACAAAAUUGCUGCUCUUCAAUCCUCGUUGACGCGCGGCGAGGAACAAUAUGAGCAGCGCAUCGACGACAUCAAGGUUUUGAAACUCGAAGUACAGAAACUUAGGCAAGAGAAGGAACUAUUAACGAAAAAUAUUGACAAUCAGACGGAUUUGAAGCAGGAGAUAAUACAUUUGCAACGUGACCUAACAAAAGAAAAAUUGAAAGUAACUGCUCUUGAAGAAGAAGUUCAAACGCCAUUGAACUUGCACAGGUGGCGCAAAUUACAGGGUUCCGAUCCUGACAAAAUGCAACUUAUAGAAAGAAUACAUAUUCUGCAAAGACGGCUAUUAUCGCAAGGUGCGGCUGUCGAAAAGAAAAAAUCAGAGUUGAAGGAAUCAGAAUUAUUGUACAUUAACCUCAAGCAACGUGCUCUCACAAUUCGGGGAUCACAAUUAAAAGCUGUUUGCGCAGAAUUAAAUGCCAGAAAUGAUGCAGACAAGGGCCGUGGAGAUGCAGAAGAAGAAAUACGAGGAGAAUUGCGCCAAAUUAAAGUUCUCUAUUUGGAACAGAGAAAAGUUAACGAAAAUCUGAAAGAGCGGCUGAAUGUAGCAGAAGCAAAAAUCAAGGAAAUUGAGAAGGAUCCAAAUGAAGAUGACCUCGCACGUCCGCCAGGGUUAAAGAUGACUGGCGGUGGUUUCAAGUUGUCUUCAUAA